GUGAAAUUAAGCUUAAUGAGCACGCGAAACAACAAAAACAGAAAAAUCGAUUAAUGAACUUUUAGCUUAGUUUAGUUCCUUGAGAUUAAGAAAUUUUGUAUUUAUCAAAUUUUAAAAUUCACCGUAUAAAGAAACGAAUUUCGUUCGUCACGAUACAUGAACAUGAAGUGCUAAAUACUACUGUCCUGCAGUACUCAAAAAAAAAGAAAAAAAAAAUUUAAAUAAUUUUGUUACGAAAAGGAUUUUGAUAUUACGUUUCUUCGUUUCAUUAUUUGUACUGCAUUUCGAUUCUUUUUGUUUUUCUUCUGUACUGGUUUCUUCGUCCUCACCACAGAAAAAACUUAGCCAGUCUUUAUCCAAAUCAGUCAAUUUCACUUUUGGAAGAACAUUUUUGUAUCUGGGGAAAUCUAAGGGUUUGGAUAGAAGAGCAGCUUCAAUUUUGAAUCGAGAAUGCGCAAAAGUACGCGUACAUAUAGUAGCAGGAGACGGGAAACUCGUCUAUCCAGUUCCAAAAAUGAUGAUCAAUUGGAAGAGGAGACUCAGAAACAACCAUUGAAAAAAACUAAAAGUGUAAAGGAAACGCGAGGUGAAACGGCAAAGCGUUCAUUUCCCUUGGGAUCUGUAGUUUUGGCAAAGAUGGAUAGCUAUCCAUGGUGGCCUGGAAUGAUUAUUUCAGAGGAAUACCUUCCUAAGAAUAUGAGCAAAAAACCAAGAGGAGCAUGUUUGCCAGUACAGUUUUUCCCUGAUAAUGAUUGUGGUUGGGUAAAGCUGUCUGCUUUACAAAACCUGACCCCAGAAAUGGUUUCUGAGGCUCUAGGCAACAAAAGAAAGCUUUUGGAAGGCCUAAGGCCAGCCAAGCUUCAAAAGCAACUAGUGCAAGGCUAUGAAGUAGCCCUGGAUCCUCCUCGGUUUGACGAAAGUGACGAAAGUGUCGAUGACAUGGAUGAGGAGGAUGAGGAGGAUGAAAACGAAGUUAAAGACGAAGACGUUUCCAGCAUGGACGAGUUUUCGGAAUCCUCCGUAUCAGAGACAAAGGAAUCAUCUGUUGAUGAAACUGAAGGAAGACAAUCCAAACGCCUGCGGGAUGCUUCAACACAUAUUUCACCGCCUCAUAAACAAACUACCAAGGAUACUGCACCGACGAAAACAACAGAAGAUGCUCCUGAACCGAAGUUAAGAUCUUCAAAACGUUUGCGUGGACAUGCCAUGCCUUCAAUGGCAGAGCCGUCUAGUAGUGACGAGGAUGACUUGUUGGAAUCUUCUGAGAACACUGUGUAUGAUGAAGAAAGGGACGAUGAUUCAGAUGCAUCGUCCGUCACUUCAAUGGAAAGUAUUGAAUCUUUAAGCGAAAUGUAUGAUGAGGCAGAACCUUCCAACUCCGCUGCUAAUGCAGAGGACACUGAUGUACCGAAAGUUGCUCGUCGUUCUCGCCGCCGAUUUGUGAAAAAGAAGCCACAUAGUAUUUACCAGCCCAGAAAUAAACAGGCCAUGACGAAGGAAGAACUAGCUGAGUUCCCUAAGCGUCAUGCAAGUGUCAUUAGCGAGCUGCUUGCUGAUCAUACUCGAGAACAACGCAUCCUAUUCCUGCGGCACAAACUGCAAAACUGUUUUCUGCGUCCCUUGCAUGAACCUACCAUGGCUGAGGUGAUUAAUUGUCGACUUUACCUUGCUGCGUUAUCCGAGUUUCCUGGUAUGAACUGGGAUCUCAUUCAGGCUACGAAAAUCGCAAAAGUUUUAAGUCGCAUCUUACAAUUGGAAACCAUACCGUUUGACGAAAAGGAUAUAAUUCGCAACAAGUGCUCUCAUUUACUAAAUACACAGUGGAUAUCUCUGUUAUCCGAAUCGAGAAAUAAGUCUCCUACCGCUACUAAAACACGCACUCGCACGAAAUCCAAGAGAAGCAGGAACCCACAAAACAAAUUCGAGGUCUCUAUAGGCCCAAUCGAAACGACAUUGGAUGCGAAGUCAAAUGGGAACAGCUCUUCUACUACCUAAGUUUCCCCGCUUAUUUUGACAACAUAUAUCCAUCGUUCUUCCUACGGAGAGUACAAUACGACCCUAAGCAUGGGAGUUGCUCUUCAACCCUGAGCAGCAAACAACCAGGUCAGUUCAACUCUAAUUACCUGCAAACGGCUUCGUCGAACGAGACACAUUGAGGCAGCAACCGAUAGUCACCCUGGCCACACACAAUACACAAACUUCUCCCCUAUUCAAUCACACCUCACAUUUUAGC